GAAAAGCAAUGAUCAACAAAAACAGGAAAAUACCCGCCACACACAUCCUUCAGCCCUGUGUAGUUUAGAAAAAAAAAAAAAAAGUGUCGGUGCAGUUUUAAAAAUGAGCUCUUAUGUUGACAACUCAAAUCUCAGGCAAACAAGCGAGACAACUUCUCCUGACACCAUGUUUAGUUUCGACCUCUCUGGGCGCAGUUCCAACAGCUAUGAGGGUGUUAAUGUGAACGGGAUUUACUCUCGUCCCGUCCCCACGACCUUUGUUGAACGGGAGGAGAUGAAAACUAGCCUGCGUGGCAGCGCGGAUACUCCUCUGCCGGCAGGACCGCAGAUAACCAUGCUCUCCGGCGGCUCGUCCGGGGACGCCAGCGAGCUCAACUACGGCGGCGGCGCGCUGCUGGGACUCGGGGCGGACAGAGACCCGGACAGGAGCGCAAAACCCGGCGGAGGCAAGAGCCAGGAGAGCGACAAAAACGCGGAUAAGACCAAGUCAGUGAAACGAAACACAAACGUGAAUCAGCGGCAGGACAGUGAGCAGCGGCCACAGAUUUAUCCAUGGAUGACAAAACUGCACAUGAGCCACGAAUCGGAGGGUAAGCGGUCAAGGACCAGUUACACCCGCUACCAGACUCUGGAACUGGAGAAAGAGUUUCACUUCAACCGGUACCUGAGCCGCCGCAGGCGCAUAGAGAUCGCCCACACUCUCUGUCUAAACGAGAGGCAGAUCAAAAUCUGGUUCCAGAACAGACGGAUGAAGUGGAAGAAGGACGCAAAGAUCAAAGUGAAAGAGUAAAAGUGCACCCAGUGAACGGGGGUGCACGCAGCACGUUUCUCAGCCCACUCUGCACAGUGCUGGAGUGCCGCCUGACCUUCGGAUGAACCGCUAGGAGCAAUGACAUCAUGACACCGCUCUGUGUACUUCAUCACCAAUUAUGUGUCACUCGCUGCAGUUUGGGACCUAAUGCAUUGAAUAUCACUCACUUUGAUCAAUAGGUUUACAUUUCUAAAUUAAUUUGCUGCCCAUGCGUUGAUAACCUCACCUUAUACUGUGCACAUGGAACGGGAGUUUGAGGGAAGCUGGGUCCUUCACCCUGCAAGGCUUUGGUCUGUAUUGCACUAAAAAGCUGCACAAUAUGGAAAAAUUAACAACCUGCUCAUGGUUAGCCUUAGAGUGGCGGCUCGGCAUGGCCCGUGUCAGUUCCAGCUUUGUCAUCGUGUAAUUAAAAUCUGAUUUUAGUGAAUCAAGUAAAAGCAAAAUAAACCACACAUUUCUAUUAACAAAUAAUGAAAAAAAUACAUUUCUACAUAUUUUGGAUUUCUUUUAAAAUCAGUGUGUUGCAGUCAGGACUUUGUGGAACGUGUGAUGUGUUCAGUGUGUGCAAUAUUGUUAUGAGUGGUUUCCCGUGAAGGCAUCAUCCAUAUUGUGUCAUAUUCUUGUUAUUGUGGACCAUUAUGUAUAAUUCAGUGACUGUAUGUUAAUGUAAUGUGCAAUGAAGCUAUUUCCCUUCUCUUUUGUUAACUAACGGUCCCUAGUAAAUACGAGGCCCCCGAAUAACUGAAAGUAGCCUGUUUGUUGUUUGCAACCAAUAAAGUC